AUGGCUUCGAACCUGUCUCCCUCCCUAAGAAAUACGAUCCGUGGUCCGCGCACACCAGAGUUCCGUAAGGGCUUGAGUUUGAGGACGGCUGCUGAGGAUGGCCUCGGGGCACACAGCACGGGGGUGGACUUGAUCAUAGAUGGGGUUUCGUACCCAUAUGUCCCCCAAGAUAGACAGCUGUCCGAGCGAGUAUACUACGACGAUUCCCCUCCGUACCGCCCCAAGUCCAAGCCCAUGUCCAUGCAGGGUGAACUUCAUCAAUGGCAUACGGAGAAUGGACGUCUGGUCCCCAAACUCGUGCUAGAGCCGUCAGCUAGAGAUGACGAGAUCUCCCGAAGAGGAUUGGAUUAUGAUUCGGUAGAGGUAGAGCGAAUUAAUCUUUCAUCGGAUGAGGUGGACCGUGGCCGUACUCGUACGUCGCGCCGACGGCGCGAUAACAGCAGCACUCCCCAGCAACCGGGGCGCGGGGAUGGAAGUACGAGUGGGAGUGACAGUGGCUCCGACGUGGGCGACAGACGUUCUCUUGCUUCUUCUCAACCAACGACUACCUUAUCCAGUGAUGUGUCCACCAACGCGUUCCGCAAAGUUGCCCAAAAACUCGGUGGCAGAAACUUGGACUUGGUGAUGAAGGACCGAGGACGGAACCCUGGGGAUACUUCGCUUAUGAUGUCUACUAUCUCUCGAGACAAUACAACUGAAGAGGAUGCACGUAAUGCCCAUCUGCUGGCCGGAUUUGGCCACCCAAAGAAACAGUUUCUCUUUGGUGGGCCUCCUCAACAUGGCGAACAGGCAUCUCGACAACCGAGCGUGCCUACGCAUACUAGAAGUAGAUCGCGUCAUGCAUUGGGCUAUGAAGCAGAUGAUUCAGAGGAUGAUCACUGGGGAUCAACAUCGUCAAAGAGGAUAUCUUCGAGGCAUGAGGCCGAGUGGGACACCCGAAAACAAAAGGACGCCAUGCAUUUGGAAAGCGCUGCUCGGUAUAUAGAGGCUGCGAAGCGGAAGGCUACCCCCGCUGUUCCUUAA